AUGAUGAUGGGGAGCCCAUUGUGGCUCCUCCCGGUCGUCUUAACCACGACGGCCUCGCGGCCGUACGUCGGCACGUGGCAGCUCAACGACUCCUACACCGCGCCGCCGUACGACCGGCGCCUCUUCAGCUUCGUGCCGGGCUUCCACGAGGGCCACAUGCAGCGCGACGUCAAGUGCCGCGACGACAACUCCUGGCGGUGGCAGUGGCGCCCCGCGGGCGACGCGGCGCCGCUGUCGAUGAUGGGCGCCGCCGAGCUCUGCGCGACGCUCGGCGGCGUCCGCGUGCUCUCGCUCGGGGACAGCCUGAGCCACCAGCUCGUCGAGACGUUUCGCGUGCGGCGGCUCGAGCGCGACUUCGCGGUGCCGGCGUCCUUCGGGAAGAGCGACACGAGCGACGGCAAGAGCGACGGCAAGAGCGCCGCGACGAGCGACGGGACGAGCGGCGGGAAGGGCGACGGGCGCCGCGCGGCGAACGACCCC